CUUGACACACUUGACAUUUGAGGGUCGGUCAGCAUGUGUAUCUUAAAUUUGAAAAUGUUUUUUAUAUAAAAAUUGACUUUUUUGAAAUAGCAGUCUUUAGCAAAUGAUAAAGAAAUGUCUACAAAUGAUUCUACGCAAGAUUUAGAAGUGCCGAUAGAUUACGAUGAUCGUGCACAUAGAAUAACUCCUUUACAGCAAGCCGCUGCCUCAUGUACAGGAGCAAUUAUUACAUCAUUAUUUGUUACACCAUUAGAUGUGGUUAAAAUCCGGUUGCAAGCUCAACAAAAAAUAUCACCAGGCCAGACGAAAUGCUUUUUGUACUGUAACGGAUUAAUGGAUCACUUUUGUAGCUGCAGUCCUGAUGACCCCAAUAGUAGAUGGUUGCAGCGACCUAGUCAUUUCAACGGCACAAUUGAUGCUUUUAUUAAAAUUAGUCGAAAUGAAGGAAUUUUAUCGUUAUGGAGUGGCCUCAGUCCAACUUUAGUAUUAGCUUUGCCGGCAACUAUAGUUUAUUUUGUAGUAUACGAACAAUUAAAGAAUCAUUUUAAAGAUAAAUAUAGAGAAAAAAUUAAAAACGUUAACGUCUAUCAAAUUCAAACGCCAUUAUGGAUACCUUUAGUUUCUGGAGGUGCGGCUAGGAUAAUAUCCGUAUCUCUAGUUAGCCCAUUGGAAUUAUUCCGUACUAAAAUGCAGUCUCAGAAACUGAGCUAUUUAGAAUUGAAUCAGGCUUUAAAAACCCUAGUGAAACAAGAUGGAUUGAUUGGUUUGUGGAGAGGAAUAUUUCCAACUUUAUAUAGGGAUGUUCCAUUUUCUGCUAUUUAUUGGAUGAAUUACGAAACAAUUAAAUCAAUUAUGGGUGUUACGGACAGUAAACCUUCAUUUUGGGUCAGUUUUUGUGCUGGUGCUUUUGCCGGUACGGUUGCAGCAUCUGUAACUACCCCUUUCGAUGUCGUUAAAACACAUCAACAAAUUGAAUUUGGUGAAACAAAUUUGUACAACGCUGGUGAUAAAACAAAAAAGAAUCGUUCAACCAUCGACGUUAUACGUCAGAUAAAGGCCAAACAUGGCGUCAAAGGACUUUUCACGGGAUUAGCACCGAGACUUAUAAAAGUAGCACCUGCUUGUGCCAUAAUGAUAUCGACAUUCGAAUACGGAAAAGUUUUUUUCAAUAAAUUAGGUCACCAACAUGAUGAAGGGUCAGAUGUUACACAUACACCCAGUUAUGUUUCUAGUGACGAAAGGUAAAAUUAUAGAAAAUCAGUUUCAUCGUGAAAAUGGUAUAUCUGAAGCAUGUACCAAAGAAUGCAAAGAAUUCUUACAAAAUCUGUGAUAUUAGAUUCUUUAUUAAUGAAUCAUUAAACGACUUUUUGGAAUUUGUUGUAAUCGUACAGAUAGUUUUUAAGAUAAUACAUAUCUUAUUCUAAAAAAGUCAAAAAUAAAAUGAUAUAUUAUCCAUCUUAA